CGAAGGCAAAGGCAGCUAGUGGCCUAUGGAUCGCGGGAAUUAACUCUCCUCAGGCCGUCACUGUCGCAGGUACUCAUGAGCUCAUUGAUGCUAUGGUCGAGCUUGCGAACGACCCAAAGGACAAGAUUUUCGCAGCUAAAUUACGUGUUGGAUGCGCAUUCCAUACUCCUCUCAUGGAGCCCCAGGAGGAGCUUUUCAAGUCGCUCAUGCAGGAACCCCUUGGGAAAGGUACAAAUAAGCCUGUUGCUCGAGUUAUGUCCACGGCCGAUGGAAAGUGGUUGGACCGCGAUCUCGACAUCGAUUACUGCUGGGAUAACAUUCGUCGACCCGUUUUGUUCGGUACCGCCAUUAACAAGCUAAUCAACGACGAAGGUUCAGAGGGACUAUUAUUCCUUGAAAUUGCCCCUCAUCCUGUACUGAAGGCUUAUAUCGAGCAAUGCGGGGGUGAACCUGUUAGCUUGAUUCGCCGUCCUAACCCCAAAGUUCCCGCGCAGAACACUGGCGAACACUAUCAAUUCC